CUGACUUUUGUGGGUCAGGUGACCGCCGGUCCGGAAGCGAAGUGCCUUCUGCCAGCCCCGUGCCCUCCUUCCCGUAGUGUCCCCAUCCCUCGGCUCCGGGAGUCUCGCGGACCCCGCUGGCGGCGGCGGCGGCGGCGGCAGCAUCAGGGCAGCUGCCUUUGCACGGCCUGGCCAUGGCGUGGACCAAGUACCAGAUGUUCCUGGCGGGGCUCAUGCUAAUCACCGGCUCCAUCAAUACCCUCUCGGCCAAAUGGGCUGACAUGUUUAUGAUUGAGGGCUGUGGAGCAAGCCAGGCCCAAAGCUUCCAGCAUCCUUUCCUCCAGGCAGUGUGCAUGUUCCUGGGAGAAUUUUCCUGCCUAGCAGCCUUCUACUUACUUCAGUGCAGAAUUCGGGGGCGCACAGAUUCUAGUGUGGAACCCCAGCAGUCCUUCAAUGCCCUUCUCUUCCUGCCCCCUGCCCUCUGUGACAUGACUGGGACCAGCGUUAUGUAUGUGGCUCUGAACAUGACUAGUGCCUCCAGCUUCCAGAUGCUUCGCGGGUCUGUGAUCAUCUUCACAGGUCUUCUCUCUGUAGCUUUCCUGGGACGAAAACUGCUUCCAAGCCAAUGGCUGGGCAUCCUUGCCACAAUUGCUGGCUUGGUGAUUGUGGGUCUGGCUGACCUCAUGAACAAGCACGACGAUCAACACAAGCUCAGCGAUGUGAUUACAGGGGACCUGCUGAUCAUCAUGGCACAGGUGGUUGUCUCUAUCCAAAUGGUGCUGGAGGAGAAGUUUAUCUACAAGCACAAUGUACACCCACUUCGGGCUGUGGGUACUGAAGGCCUCUUUGGCUUCGUGAUCCUCACGGUGCUGCUGGUGCCCAUGUACUACAUCCCUGCCGGCGCCUUCAGCGGCAACCCCCGGGGUGUGCUAGAAGACACGCUCUACGCCUUCUGCCAGAUGGGCAGGCAGCCACUCAUCAUCGUGGCGCUGCUGGGCAACAGCAGCAGCAUCGCUUUCUUCAACUUCGCCGGCGUCAGCGUCACCAAGGAGAUGAGCGCCACCACACGCAUGGUCCUCGACAGCCUCCGCACUGUGGUCAUCUGGGCCGUCAGCCUGGCGCUGGGCUGGGAGACUUUUCAUCCGCUGCAGAUCCUGGGCUUCUUCAUCCUCCUGACGGGCACAGCUCUCUACAAUGGGCUGCACCAGCCCCUGCUGGCCCGCCUGCCUUGGCGCCGGCCCCCGGCCGAGGACCGCGAGCGGGAGAGCCUACUAGGGGGCAGCCGUACUCCCAUCAAUGAGGACAGCUGAACCCCUGCCAGGUCCACCCCACUGAACCCUGAGUUUUAGGCUCCUUUUCCCUGAGGACAGAAAACCCUGGGAUCCUCAAAAGGAGCCUCAGAAAUGGGAUAUCUCAGGUCCUUCCCCCCCUUCCAUUGUCUUCUCUUUCAGGAGGACACUGGAUGUGCCACUGGGGUCGGAAUCUGGCUCUCCUGCCCCUUCCUCUGACUGUUUCUUCAGCUUCCUAUGGCCCAGGACACACCCCAAAAUCUGCAAGGGGCCCAGGAGAGGGCUUGGGCUCUCCUGCCUCCGGCUCCAACCAUGUUAUGGAGAGUGAUGGACUGAACCAGGCACCUGGAUUGCACUGAUUUGCCAAAUCACUAAUCCAAAUUGAGUAGUGAUCGUUUCCCCUGAAUCAUGAGUCAUAUUUAGUUUAAAAAAAAACAAACAAACCCUAAAUAUCACUUCAGAACCAAACUUAAACACUCUGUAUUUUCUCAGACCUUUGUACUGCUGGGUCAUCUGCAGAACACUGGCCAGUCGUGAGUUGUGGGCAGCCGGCUUGGGCAGUUUGGCCCCAAGUCCGCCUCCAUUCUUUCUGCCUUGGCCCCAUGACAGGAUCCUGUCUACAAUGUGGGGGUAGUUCUGCUUAAGUCACAGGUGUUAGCUGUUCACACUGCUGCUGACGGCUGCCUGCCCCACAGCCCAGGUGCCAAGGGGUGCUGGCUAGGCAGGCAGGCCGGCCAGGGUUGCAGCUGGCUCUGCAGGAGGAGGGGGGGAGGAGAAACGGUCAGAGUGGCCCUUGGCAGAAAUUCGGUGCUACUUGGAACUAUUCCUUUGGUAUCUCUUUUUUUUUUAAAGUAAAACUGAAUAGAAGAGUGGU